AUGACCACGGGGUGGAUCGUGGACCGCGGAUGGGACGUGAAGACUGAGGAGAAGGCCUCCAAAGCUGCCAGCUUCCCCCAGCUGCCCCUGGACUGUCGAGGGGGCCCCAGAGACGGGCCCUGUAACUUGCAAGGCUCCCCGGGCCCCUGCCUGGCCAGCCUGCGUGUCCCCCUUUCCCCUGGACUUCCUGACUCCAUGGAGUCGGCCAAGAACAAGAGCAAGAAGCGCCGCAACCGUACCACCUUCAGCACGGCCCAGCUGGAGGAGCUGGAGAAGGUCUUCCAGAAGACCCACUACCCGGACGUGUAUGCCCGGGAGCAGCUGGCUCUGCGCACAGACCUGACAGAGGCCCGGGUACAGGUCUGGUUCCAGAACCGCAGAGCCAAGUGGCGGAAGCGCGAGCGUUAUGGGAAGAUCCAGGAGGGGCGGAACCCCUUCACAGCUGCCUAUGACAUCUCGGUGCUGCCCCGCACCGACAGCCACCCCCAGCUGCAGAAUUCCCUGUGGACCAGUCCAGGCUCUGGGAGCCCUGGGGGCCCCUGCCUUGUGUCUCCAGAAGGCAUACCCUCCCCAUGCAUGUCUCCGUACUCCCACAACCACGGGAACGUGGCGGGCUUCAUGGGGAUGCCAGCCUCCCCCACAGCCCACCCUGGUAUCUACUCCAUCCAUGGCUUCUCCCCUGCCCUGGGGGGCCACAGCUUUGAGCCCUCUGUGGAUGGUGACUAUAAGUCUCCAAGCCUCGUCUCGCUCAGGGUAAAGCCCAAGGAGCCGCCCAGGCUGCUGAACUGGACCACGUGAUCAGUCACAUGCACACGCAGACUCAGCUGCCCACCUCCUUCUCCGUUCUCAGCUGCUUACAGCCCACCCCUGCCUGGACGCCGGAAAGGACACGCCUCUGACUCCAAGCCCCAGAUGGUUCUGGAAGCCUCAGAGAGCAGCUGGAAACCUCAGCACCUGGCAGGGAAUGUACUACAGGGUCUUUUUCUUAGAAUAAGGGGCUGCCCAGGAGAAAGGGGCCUUGGAAGCAGGUGGGACUCUUCCUACCACAAACUAGGUCCCCACACUCCCAGGGCUGGAGGUAGGGAAAUGCUGCCUGCUUCCUGAAGACUCUGUUCAGCUGAAAUGACUUGAUUGGCUGCUCCUUCAGGAAAGCCAGGAAAAUGGAAAGAGGAGGACACAGAAUGAACCGGGAGCUCUUGGUGACAUAGGGGAACCCAGAGUCUUGUAUGACCACUUGGGGUCGGCCUCGCUUCCCUUUGCCACCACCAGGGGGCGUGCACGCCAUGUCAGGCAGAAAGUGGAGGCCAGCCGUUUCUCCUGCCCCAGCCACGCCUCCCUCUGUCUCUGGGCCCUCUCUCCCAACAUGUAUGGAGUCAUCUUCUCCUCCAAAGGGGCAGGAAUUCCACCAGAAACCACCAAAUAGUUGGCUUCUCUCCUAUGGGAUCAGGCCAGAGCUAUGCCACGAGAACCGUGUUGGAUGUUGUUCAGAAUAAAACAGCCCCUGACAUCCCAGUCCCCAUUUCUGUAAAGAUACUUUUGGGAAAAAAAUGUGCCCCCCCCCAGCAUAAUAAUAAAGGUGGUGGUGUUUUUUAUACUGGUGACCAUUACCACCAGGGCUUGGUGAUGUAGGACAGACCUCCUCUAGGACCUGCCGGUCGGCCCCGAAACACCAGGAAGACCCUGGAGGCUGGGGAAGGUGCGCUGCAGCAGAGCCCUCGGCGUGCAGGCCCUGGCUGGCUAGGUAUCUGCCACGGGGCUCUGUGGCUUCAGCUGCUGUGGGCAGGGAAGGUCGUGGCUGAACUGACAUGGAAGAGAGGUGGAAUGGCAGAAUGGCGUGUUGGCAGAGGGCUCCAAGCUCCCAUGAGCUGAGCCCCGAGUGGUGGAGGUGGGACAGCGCCCUUCUCCCAGACACCCCAGGAACCACGGGAGCACAUCUGAGCUGUGGGGCAGAGACGAAAGCCAGACCCUUUCUGUGGUUUCAGAGUUUUGCCUUUCUAUCCUUCAUCCCCACUCUGCCUUAUCUCCAAAGCUGGGAAGGCAGGAAAAUACCGGGCCCUCCCACCCUUUCGGUAAACACAACCACAUUGCUCAGAAGAAUUCAGCCUCAGCUAGCAGCCUGCCCCCCAGCCCCCCACCCACGCUUCGUCGUUCAGGCACAGAGAAACCCCAGCACACAAAGACACAUCCGUGCUGUGCUUAAGACCCAAAGAAAGUCCUGUCAGAUCACGUCUGUCAGCCAAGACAGUCACAGCGAGGCAGCCACGCAUCCCUAGAGGAGUCAGCUGUCUUCCUUUCCCUUUCCUUUUCUUUCCUUCUCUCCUCUUUCCUUUCUUUCCCUUACCUUCUCCUCCCUCUGCUCAAGGGCCUGGCUUCUGGCAAUUUGUUCCCCUCUGUCCUGACACUGACUCUGAGGUCCAGGUGUGAGCCUGGUAUCCCACAGGAGGAGGGGACUCACCAGGAAGGGAAGAGUCAGGGUAAGACAGGGAGGUACCUCAGCUCCGGCUGCUGAACAGAACCACUUUCAUGCAGUCAGGUGGGCCUUACGCCACAGCCCUAGAAGUUUCUUCACUCAAGGAGUGCUCAGCAAAGUUUCGUACCUUGCCUCGAAAGUCAAAGACAUGCCCAGAGAGGUUGUUUGGUCUAGAAGCACUUAAUGAGUACGGAGUGCCAGAGAGAGAGCAAUGAUGGAGAAAAACAUGACUCCCUCACUCUCAGCUGAGAGAGAGAGAGAGACACGGAGGGAGUGGAGGGGACAGGGUCCGUGACAACCAGAGGAAAAGCAGCACAAGUGGGAAGAGCCAGACGGGAGAAGAAAGUAAAGUCAGGCCAGCCAUCCAUGCGGCGAGAGUGGGAGGUGGGCAGGGGCCAGGAGAGGCCCAGGUGGGGUGGGGGCUGCGGGGGCAGGCCACAGGGAGGCCAGGGACCGGCUACUGGCUCCCAUCCAGGGGCGUCUGCCCACAGCUCAUAUUUUUCUGUCCAGUGACAGCUAAAUGAAGAGAAGGCUAACUUUACAACCGCCCAGUUCACACAUAAUGAAUAUGAAUGGGCAACUCGGAGCCUGUUUCGUGGGAUUAUCUGCGAGCUGACGGGUCCUCCCACUGCCUGGGCCAUCCCUGCAGGCCUGUCCCCUGGCUGGGGUGCAGGCAGCCCUUCCACCUGCUUCCCAUUAGCUGUGCUCCCCUCCUCCCCCACAUCCUAAGACACAGCCCCCAGGUCUCCAGAUGCCCUUGCAUCCUGGGCCUGACAGCCUGACUCGAGAGGUGACCUCAGGCCUUAGCCAUGGUUCCCCAAGGCCAGGUGGGGGCUCUGGUCACUCCUGGGAAAGGGAAGGGGAAGUGGCCCCACCUGGAAUCUUGGCUUCUUUGCAGAGGCUCCUCUCUGCCCCCAUGAGGCCCACCCAGAGAAGAUUGCAGAGCCCUAAAUCUUGGUCCUGGCAGAGGCAUAGACACCAGGUCAGCACUAGAGGGUCUCACCAGGGGCCCCUUCAGUCUAGGCUUCCUGCCUCAGUCGGGCAAGGGGAAAUGCUUCUCAUUAGAGGCACUCAGUCCUCUUUCCCGUCUCCCCCAGCCAUUUACACAUCAACCUGAGUUACAACCCC